AUGGACUCCUCCAGCCUCUCACACAGCAAGGAGAAGGUCGUCUUCGUCCUCGGCGUCACCGGAAGCGGCAAGUCCAAGCUCGCCAUCGCUCUCGCCAAGUGCUUCAAUGGCGAGGUCGUCAACUCCGACAAGAUGCAGGUGUAUGACGGCAUCCCUGUCAUCACCAACAAGGUAACCGAGGAGGAGAAAGAGGACGUCCCCCACCACCUCAUCGGCGGAGUGCACCCGGAAGGGAACUUCACGGCCGCUGACUUUCGCCGCGAGGCCACGCGCUUGGUCGAGGCCAUCCUCGCCCGAGGUCGCCUCCCCAUCAUCGCCGGCGGAUCCAACUCGUACGUGAAGAAGCUAGUCGAGGGGGACGGAUGCGGCUUCCGCUCCCGGUACGACUGCUGCUUCGUGUGGGUGGACGUGGACCUGACGGUGCUCCGCGACUUCGUGUAUGCGCGGGUGGACAAGAUGGUGGAGCUAGGGCUGGUGGAGGAGGCGCGGUCGAUGUUCAAGCCCGACGGCGACUACAGUACGGGCAUCCGGCUGUCGAUCGGCGUACGGGAGAUGCACCUCUACUUCCAGUCAGAGGAAGGCGCCGACGAGGAGACGAAGGCGAGGCUGCUGGAGGCCAGCUUAGACAAGGUCAAGGCCAAUACAUUCGAUCUGACUUGCAGUCAGCUGCAGAAGAUCCAGGGGUUCCGCGUGAUGGGGUGGGACUUGCACCGGGUCGAUUCGACCGAGUUCUUUCGCCAGCGAGGGCAGGGCGCCGAGGAGGAGCUCUGGAAGGAGGUCGUGUGGGCGCCCAGUGCCGAGAUCGUACGAAGCUUUUUAGCCACCGAGAACAAGAAUGAGACCGACGUCGUUGCGGAGGUUGCACCAGUCAAGGUUGAGGAUGAGACUGUGUGUGCUGAGAAAACUGUGGAGAAGGAGAGCCAGGUCGUUGCAAAGGGCACCGAGAGUGAGGAGAGAAGGGUGUCGUCAUACACAGGGCUGAGUAGUGCCAUGACAUGCGCGUAA